GCAACCUUAACAAACAUCAACUUCUUUAUCGCCAUCAACAAACUAAUCCACAUUUACCACUUACAAUCGUCCUCUACAAUAUUCUCAACUCUACGACUCAAGCAGAACUCCCAAAACAAAGAUUUCGCACGUUCGCCCAACGGCAGCCGAUCCGACAAGAUGGUUCUCGAAGCAGUAAUGGUUGUAGUGGACAACAGCGAAAGCAGUCGAAAUGGAGAUUAUACACCAACACGUUAUGAAGCGCAAUCCGAUGCUGUUUCUUGGAUAUUUUCCACCAUCACUCAAGCCAAUCCAGAAUCUUCAGUUGGUUUAAUGUCUAUGGGAGGUAAAGGACCAGAGGUUCUUGUUACUUUAACAACUGAUCACGGAAAGAUCUUGGAUGGACUACAUCGUACUAAGACUAAGAUCCGUGGAUCAAGUCACUUAGCUACAGGUAUCCAAAUUGCCGGUUUGGCACUCAAACAUCGACAAAACAAAUCCCAACGUCAACGCAUAAUCGUUUUUACUUGCUCUCCAAUCGCAGAAGACGAAAAGUCCCUUGUCAAGCUCGCCAAAAAGAUGAAGAAGAAUAACGUUUCAAUCGACUUCGUUGUAUUCGGAGAACUUGAUGAUGAUGUCACCAAAAAAUUGACAGCCUUCAAUGAAAAUGUCAAGGGAGGUGAUGGUUCACACUUGGCCAUCAUUCCACCAGGACCCCAACUUCUCAGUGACCAGUUGAUGACUUCACCAAUUCUAAAUGGCGAUGGAGCUACAGGAGGAGUUGGUAUGGGCGGAGCCGAAACAAGUGGUGAUGCUGGCGCAUUCGAAUUCGGUAUCGAUCCAAGCGUAGACCCAGAGUUAGCAUUGGCAUUGAGAAUGAGUAUGGAGGACGAGAAGGCUCGGGUUGAGAAAAAUGAGAAGGAUCGACUAGAGAAGGAAGCAGCGGAGCAAUCUGCGUUAGGAGAGAUUAAAGAAGAGGAUGAGGCAUCCGCACCUCUGUUGAAUAAGGACGGAGAAGCUAGUGGGAGUGGGGACAAGAAAGACGAUGAUAAAAUGGAUACGGCUUAGAUGAGGGGUUGAAAUAUAGGGUGGGGAAAUGAAUGGAUGGAUUGCUAAUUGAAUGAAUGGUUGGGGCUGCAUGGCAAACUGGCGUUUGGUAUGUACCAAUAGAUAUCAUAUACAAUGGUA